CUUCACUAUCGUCGAUCCUCAGUUCUCGUGUGAGAAUUGCUCUUAUUUUCUCUGUCUAGGAACUAAUCACGUUCACUCAAACUUCUCUCUCCUCCUAUGAGCUGAACCUUCAGGUAACAGCUAAUUAUAAAAAUAGCUCCUCAUUGAACCCCGACUAGCGAGGGUUUGCAGAGUCUGUUUCCUAGAUUUGAACUCGUAACCUUUUAGUCACGAAGAAGUAGUUUUACCACUACUCCGACUCACCCUCUCGGAGCAGCUCUGUAAAGGUAGUGUCUUUAAAUAGAGAGAGAUCAUUUUGUUACCUGAAAAAUACAACAAUUUUUCUUUCCAAAUGGGACUGGUUGUAAUGUGUGGGCAGCCAUGCAGUGGGAAGUCCAAAGCUGCAAUCUGUCUGGCUGAAGCUCUCAAAGAAUCAGAAUUGGAACAACAAGUGAGGAUCAUAGAUGAUGCUUGCUUUCAUCUAGAUCGUAAUCAGAGUUACGUGAAUAUGCCUUCGGAGAAGAAUUUAAGAGGUGUGCUUAGGUCCGAAGUAGAUAGGUCUUUGUCCAAAGAUAGCAUUAUUAUAGUAGAUUCUUUGAAUAACAUCAAGGGUUACCGAUACGAGUUGUGGUGCUUGGCUCGUGCAGCAGGGAUUAGAUACUGUGUGGUUUAUUGUGAUGUUGAAGAAACCCAUUGUAGAAAAUGGAAUGAAGAAAGGAGGGAAAAAGGAGAAGAUAAUUAUGAUGAUUCAAUAUUUGAGGAUUUGGUAAGAAGGUUUGAGAAACCGGAUAGAAGAAACCGAUGGGAUUCUCCUUUGUUUGAGUUAUGGCCACACAGAGAUGGGACAGAUAAAUCUUCUGCUGCCAUUUUGGAUGCUGUCUCUUACUUGACAAAAAAGGUGGACUCCAAAACCCGGGAUGUUAAGAUAUUACAACCAACAAUUGCAACUCAAACUACACGUUUUUCGGAUGCAAAUUCUCUCUAUGAGUUGGACAAAGCAACACAGGAGGUCACCAAUGCUAUAGUAGAAGCGCAAACUCGCGCCCUUGGUGGGCCACUUAAUGGAAUUUCUGUAGGGAAAGACUUGCCCGUAAUCAAUAUCUCAAGAUCUGUUGGGUUGCCAGAGCUUCGGAGGAUGCGGCGCACCUUCAUAAAAUUGACAGGGCAAACUAGUUUGAGUGGACCACCUCCUCCUUCUGAUGCAGAUAGUGCAAAAAGAAUGUUUAUUGACUACUUGAACAGGGAACUAGGAACUUCUUGAAGAACAAUAUGUGAUAAGUCUUGCAAGGUAGCUUAUAUGUGUGCUAAAAGGUGUCUUGUUUUGUACGAUUAGAUAUUGUGCUAUUUUAUAUUUACUUAAGAGCAUGAGUGUUGAAUAAACUGCUUUUUAUAUUCCAUCUAACUUUAUUGUACUAUCGUUUGAUUUACUUUCCCCCACCCAAGUAAUGAAGUAAAGAGGAUGAAACUGAGUUCGUCACUGAUCAGAACAUGUCCUGGU